CAAGAACUUUAAUAUUUAAAAAACUGUUUUCAAUUUAGUAAGUGUUAAUUAAGUAAUCGUGUAGUAUUUUGUUUAACUAAACAUUUGUGAAUUUAGUAUAUACAAUUCAUAAUGAGUAAAGAUAAAAAAGAUCUUGAGUACCCGUCAGAACUCGAGUCCCAAUUUGUACUAAGGCUUCCCGAAGAGCCUGCUAAAGUACUUCGCGAAGUGCUUAAAACAGGGGAGAACCUUAAAAAUCGUUUGACAAUACAAGUGGAUAACGAUGUGAGACACGGCGAAGUGCGGCUCGACCAUUGGUUGAUGCAUGCCAAAAUUAUAGAUUUACCGACCAUUGUAGAAUCUUUGAAAACAAUUGAUAAUAAGAGUUUCUAUAAGACAGCUGAUAUAUGCCAAAUGAUGAUAUGCAAAGAUGAACCAGAUACACCUACUGUAGAAGAAGAGGCACCAUCUAAAAAUAAAAAGAAAGAUCCAUAUAAAGUAGACAAAAAGUUCUUAUGGCCGCAUGGUAUAACACCUCCAACAAAAAAUGUGCGUAAGCGACGGUUUAGAAAAACGUUAAAGAAAAAGUAUGUGGAAGCACCGGAAAUUGAAAAAGAAAUUAAAAGACUUUUACGAGCAGACAAUGAAGCUGUAAGUGUGACUUGGGAAGUUAUCAAGGAAGAAGAUGAACACCCUAAGCCUGAGGCAAGCACGUCUACACAUUCUAAGCCUGAGCGCAAAUCAAAAGCUGAAAGAAAUAAGAAAGAGACGGUGACUUCGGAGACUGUUAACCAAAAGGCCUCAAAUGUUGUUGACAUUUUUGGUGGAGCUGUCAGUGAUAGUGAUGAUGAAAAUGCUAAUGUUGAUAUGGAAGACAGUCGCUUAUCACCAUAUGACAGUCGGUUAUCAGAUAAUAACUCAAUGUAUGGUAUGGGAGAUACACACUCAAAGAGAGAUUAUCCAAUUGAGUUCGAUUCGCAAAUGUUUCAAGGUCAAAGUUCAAAGAAAUCUACCGGACGUAACAGUACUGCAACAUCUGCAGUAUCCCACAUAUCUAAAAGCGGUGGUAUGUCUUCUGAAGAAGAGAUUGAUUUCCAAGCACGUGACAUGUCUAAAGAUAACAUGCAGUUUAGAAUUGAUGAAUUAGGAGCUGAAUUAGAAGAAUUGAAACAGCGCCGACAGAGAACUCAACAUGAAAUUGCUGGAAUGGAGAAUUUGGCUUUGCGACAGCGAUUCCAAGACAUUCUACACACUCUGAAUCAAGAUAUCAUGUAUAAAGAAAUGGAGCGCCAAGGAAUAAUCACCCUCCAAACUUCUGAUGAUAUUUAAAUUGUAUUAUUUAGUACAUAAUCUACACUUGCAUAAAAUAUGUGUCUAUUGCACAUUAGCUCUCCUUUUGAUCAUCUUCAUGAUGUAUUAAAAAAUAUUGGCAAAUUUAUAUUUACACAUUCAUUGCUUUCAUUAUGAUGUACAUUGAAAAGUUGUUGUCAAAUUUAUAUUUACAAGUCCAAUGAGUUUAUUGUUUAUUGAUUACUAUAUAUUGAGUUAUCAAGUGCUAUCGGUGCUCAAAUUUUGAAAGUUUAUUGAUUUGUGUUUCUAAUUAGACUAAAACAUAGAGAAUGCUCCAAUCCAUAUGUUCCAUAUUGUUAAUGAAAUACUGUUAAAUCUGGAUAAGCAAGAAAGUUCUUUAACCGAGAGUCAUUGUCUAGUCCCAAGCAAGAAAUUAUGAUCAAAUAAGCAAGACAAUAUCAAGGUCACUUGCACUCUGCUUAUCCAGAUUCCACUGAAUGUAAGAAUUCAUAGAAUAACAGAUAGUAGUUUAUUGUAGUUAAUAGUUUAUUGAAGAUAAGUAUAUCCACCUUGUCUUCACCUAAUAUAACACUUAAGGCUACUUUUUAAUUAUACUAAUUAGCAAAAAUAUUUAAUAAGUAGUGUGAAGGAAUCUCUUGGAAAGGUCAUUGAAACCUAAGUUUUUUAAUCAGGUAGUGAUUGUAAUAAUGUCUAUGAAUCUAAGUAAUUCUUGUUAAUAUUAGUUUUUACAAUUCUAUAUAGUUUUGUUAUUCUUUUUUAUGUAA